AUGACCUUCAACAUCGUUGACUCGCCGGUCAAAAAGCGGAGGUUAGAAUGGAUACAAGAGACGAGUGACGAGAGCUUCGAGGAGAGGUUGUUCGCAGGUGGAUACGGAGGCUAUGGCAGCACACCCAUAAAAAAUGUACCCCCAGAACCCCACCCACACCCCCCAUCAGAAUCACAACAAGCACCACCAUCACACCCACAAACACAACAUACCGACACAAAUCCACAGAAAGUCCCCCGCUCACUCCCGAUCUCCUCCGCCACAUCUUGGGGAAGUCUACCUUCCUCCGGGCUAUCGAAAAGUACGCCGUCGGUCGAUUCGGGAAGCGAGGUGGCGACGGAUGCAGAUGUUACAGACGAGAGGAUCUUACGAAGACGACGCAGAAUGGAAGCUUUUAGGCGCGGUCCGCUCGAUGAUGAACAGCAGGCAGAAUUAAGAAGGAAGAGGCUGCUACCCGUGGAACUCGAGGGAAGGGGCCGAGUGUUGGUGGAUUUGAGCGGGACGGGUGUACCCGAGUUGUUGAAGGAAGAGCUGUCGUCACCUUCGAAACGUCGAACGAAGAAACGGAGAGGCGAACCGCCGACGGACGUACAGGAAAUGAUUGGGUUAUCGGCAGGGAAGAGGAGCAGACGAGGGAGGCAUAACGGAAAGGAUGGGGCAACACGAGCCGAACCUGUGCCUAACUGGCCCGACGAGGAGUUUCCGUGGGUUUUGAAGACAAGGGAACGGCGAGAGAGGGAGGAAAAGGAAGAAAUCGAGAAGAUGAAACGCAUCGAAAGGUUUUUGGAGUCCGACAGUGAGGACGAAGACGACAUCGAAGAGGAGUUGGAUCCGACUCAGGAAUUAAAUCUCGUGCUCAAUGUGGCGAAGUGGUGAUGAUUUAUUCUGUAUGCUUUCUUUUUAUUGCUGUUGUUGUCCCACCUAUUGCUAUCAUACCUAACAUCUUUCUGGUUCAUCGGAAACUGCAUACUCACCCCUGGGACCAUCGUGACUGACUGUAUUCUUACUACUGUUCCGUACC